CUCAGAGUGCAGCUUCCAGCUGAAGUUCAAAAUGGCUCAUUACUUGGCAGUGACCUCCAUCCUCGUGACUCUGUGUCUCGUGGCAGCAGUUGCUGGACACAGCACGUAUGGCAUUGGCGGACACAGACCUGUUAUCCACGGUAGUGGGGUGCUCGGUGGUAUCCACGGAGGCGUCCAUGGAGGUGCCCACGGCGGUGUCCACGGAGGUAGUGUUCAUGGCCUAGGACUCGUAGGCUCUGGCAUCCACGGCGCUGGAUCCUUCAACACCGCUCAUUACCCUGAUAUUGUGCCUGGCUACAGCUUCUACGACCAAAGACCCGUGCUCGGAUACAACAGCUGCAAGUACUGGUGCAAGAGUAAUUAUACCAACAAAUACUACUGCUGUCAACGACCUUACCAAGGAUAGACUCACAAUUCUUCUACGAAAAGUUUCUGUUGAUUGUUAUGGCAUUAUAAAGUAUUUGCUCAUAAAACUUAUUUUCACGAC